AUGGUGUGGGUUCAGGAGUACGCUGAUAACCAGAUCAAGUAUCCUUGCCUUGAAGGUUUACUAGAAAGCAGUACAAGGCUAAAACCUCAUGAAGCUCAAAGCUACAGAAAGAAGGCAUUGUGGGUUUCCUGGGUCUCCAUUAUUGUCACACUGGCUCUUGCAGUGGCUGCUUUCACUGUCUCCGUAAUGAGAUACAGUGCAUCAUCAUUUGGAUUUGCUUUUGAUGCUACCCUGGAUGUUUUGUCAUCAGCGAUAGUUUUGUGGCGUUACAGCAACGCAGCUGCUGUGCAUUCUGCACACAGGGAGUACAUAGCUUGUGUUAUCUUGGGUGUCAUAUUCCUCCUGUCAUCUAUAUGUAUUGUGAUCAAAGCCAUCCAUGAUCUUGCAAAGAAGGUGCUUCCAGAAGUGGAUGAUUUUCUGUAUAGUGUCUCCGUUUUAAGUGGAAUCCUUUGCACUGUCUUGGCAGUAAUCAAAUUUAUGCUGGGAAAGGUCCUUACAAGCAGAGCGCUGAUAACCGAUGGUUUCAACUCUCUUGUAGGUGGAAUAAUGGGAUUUUCCAUCCUUCUUAGCGCAGAAGUUUUUAAACACAAUUCUUCUGUCUGGUAUCUGGAUGGCAGUAUAGGAGUUUUAAUUGGACUUACAAUAUCUGCCUAUGGAAUCAAGUUGCUCAUCGAUAUGGUGCCCCGUGUCAGGCAAACGCGCCAUUACGAAAUGUUUGAGUGAAGAGCCUGCCCUCUCCUCUGUAAGGACUGUACAACUACAGCAUCGUACGUUUUGGCAAGUGGUGCCAAUGGUAUUUUACUAAAUAUGCAGUUUGUUUCCUGUGGUCUGUUUUUGUUGAAGUUUGUUUCAAUGGGAAAUCUCUCUGUAAAACUGGCAUAUGUGCACACUGCUUGCAAUUCAGCGAAACAGCAGCAUUUUAUUUUAUUUUGGAGUAUGCUAUUGAUUCCUGUGACAAUAGAAAACAUGCAGUUUGCAGCUUUAACCCAGCUGCCAUGUUGUAUAUUCCAGAGUGAAAGUGUUCUUAAUGGUGUGAUAAGCCUGUGGGUAAAGAAGUGCCAGUUUCAGAUCUUGGGUUUUUUGUUUUAUUUUGGGUUUUUUUUUUCCCAAGCACAUGCUGUAACAGAAGAACAAUCCUUGCUAACCUCUUCGGCUAACAGUAUCCUGUGUAGAGUCUGGACACCAAGAGCUGUGUUGCUUAAAACACCCGAGUAGCUACUCCCUCCUCCUCAUUCAAAUAGCCGCACAAAAAGAGCAGGUUCAAACCUUCCUGUGAUCAGAGAUACUUUGUUUUAACCCUAAAUUAACUGAAACUAUACCUCUUCAAUUUAAAUUCUAUUUUUUUCUUAACGAGACACUGUUCAUAGCUUUGCAUGGACCAAACAAGCACACACACUCAGAGUAUUACUGUACAGACCAAAGCCAAAAAGUCGUGCAAGGAAGAGGAGCUGCUUGAGGAGUGGGGUUUUAUCUUCUAUUAUACUGUACGCAGAUGUACCAGCGUGUGUGACUUUGUGGUUGCUCUGUAGUCUGACGAUGGCACAGCAGUGGCUCAAUCUGGUGGUGAGAUACAGAUCUAUUUAUUAGAUUUAGAUUGUCCUGUAAAGUGUUGCUCACCUUCCAUCACACAUCUUAUAUAUUACUUAAUAGCAGGUUAAAUUAUCAAAGAAUCUUGAUGUAUAAUCAAUAAAACUGGUAUCUAUUUUAUACAGUAUCUGUAAGUAACAUUUGAAAACUAUUUCCAGAAUGUAUCAUAGAACAAAGUCUUCCUGUAUAGCAGCCUAUUAAACUGGAUUCUCUGGCUAUA